AAUAUUCUGUCUUCACUUCAGGAGAUGCUACAGGGAAAAAGAGAGACUUCAGUGGCAUUGAGACCAAAUUUUCUUUAAGGAAGCCUGAACAGCCUUAUGAAGACACCUGCUUCUUAGUUCCUGGGCAAGAAAAUACUAUGACACAAUGCAACUUCAACCAUACAAGUAAAACCUUUGUGGUGAUCCAUGGAUGGAACGUAAUUGGCUUGUUUGAGAACUGGGUUCCCAAGCUAGUGAAGGCGCUGUAUAAGAGGGAGCCGGACUCUAAUGUCAUCAUUGUUGACUGGCUAGAUCGCGCGAGCCAACAUUAUACGAUAGCAGCUAGUAACACAGAGGUGGUGGGGAAGGAUGUUGGCGCAUUUGUUAACUGGAUAGAGGAGCAGUUUGACUACUCCCUGAACAAUGUCCAUUUGCUGGGAUACAGCCUUGGUGCUCAUGUUGCUGGAAUUGCUGGAAAACUGGCCAAUAAGAAGAUUAGCAGAAUUACUGGUUUGGAUCCUGCUGGACCUAACUUUGAAUAUGCCAAUGAAACCAGACGCCUUUCCCCAGACGAUGCUGUCUUUGUAGAUGUCUUACACACUUACACCAGAGGGUCCCCAGACCGCAGCAUUGGGAUACAGAAGCCUGUUGGGCACAUUGACAUCUACCCUAAUGGAGGUAGCUUCCAACCAGGUUGUAAUCUAGCAGAUACACUGCGGAUGAUUGCGGAAAAAGGGUUUCAAGGGCUUCAAGAGGCUGACCAGCUGGUGAAAUGCUCUCAUGAACGUUCCAUCCACCUCUUCAUCGAUUCCCUCUAUGAAAAGAAACCAAUUAUGGCAUACCGCUGCAAGUCCAAAGAAGCAUUUGAAAUGGGGCUCUGCUUGAGCUGCAGAAAGAAUCGCUGCAACAAUCUGGGCUAUAGAGUCAACCAAGUGAGAACCAGGAGGGAAACCAGAAUGUACCUGAAGACACGAGAGAGGGCACCUUAUAAAGUCUUUCAUUACCAAGUGAAGAUCCAUUUUUUUGCUAAGGAAAACAUGACUAAGACAAACCAGCCCUUACUUAUCUCUCUUUAUGGCACUGAUGGGGAAAGCAAGGACAUUUCAAUCACAAUGCCUGAGAUCUCCACAAACAAAACUUUUUCCUUUCUAAUAUACACUGCGGUGGAUAUUGGAGACCUACUCAUUGUCAGGCUGGAAUGGGAAAAAGACUCUAUUUUUAACCUGAAAGACUGGUGGAACACACCAGAGUUUGCCAUCCAGAGGGUCAGAGUCAAGUCUGGAGAAACUCAGAAAAAGUUGGUGUUCUGCUCCCGAAAUGGAAUUUCUUAUCUCAGAAAAGGGCAAGGAGCUGCAGAAUUUGUGAGAUGCCUUGGGAAAAAUGCUGCUAAAGAAAAUUCAUGGUAAGAAUUUUGUAGGUGCUGCAUAUAUUGGGAUUGGGAAAUGA